AUGAAGAGAGACCGGACCGAUUACGAAGAAACCAUCAACCAUACAGACAUAGUAAAAAGUCUAAUGAUGUUAUCUCGGAGUUUCGUGGCCAAACAAAUCAAUGUAAACCAACCUACUGCUGGAAGCAAAACCAGUCAUAACCACUUCGAAUGCAAAACGUGUAACCGGAAAUUUGAUUCGUUCCAAGCUCUCGGAGGUCAUAGAGCCAGCCACAAAAGACCUAAGCUGGGCGUUGACCAAGAACAGGUGAAGCAUCGUAACAGCGUGAAUGAUGUGCACAAGUGUUCAAUCUGUAGUCAAAUGUUUGGGACCGGUCAAGCUUUAGGCGGUCACAUGAGGAAGCAUAGGAUAAGUUCGAUGAACGAACAAUCCGUGAUCUCUUCUGCGGUUUAUACCAGACCGGUUUUGAAUCGGUGCAAUAGCAGCAAGAAGGCUUUGUGCUUGGAUUUGAAUCUAACUCCAUUUGAGAAUGAUCUUGUAUAUAUCUUUGGGAAGACUUUGGUUCCACAAAUUGAUUAA